AACUACCAUUAAAGCUUCCUCUUCCCCAAAAUUCCAAACCCUAACCUCUCUCUCUCUUCUUUUUCACCGAUUCUCUCUUCUCCUCCUUUGCUAGAUUCUUGAUCCCGGCAAGAAUAUGGUGAGAUUUGGGGGCGAGCUCACUGCUGGUAGAUGGAGGCUCAAGCUCAUCACUAUUCGCUAGCAAGAUCUGGGUUUCUCACUCUGAUGGAUAACCCAAAUUGGGGUGCUUACAGCUUGAUGCACAAGUGCCCAAGCAUCUUUGAAAAGAUUGAGAAGGAGGAAGACGAAACAAAGAUUGGAUGGGGAUUUUAAUUUUCUUUUUCCUGGGUUCUUGAUCUUGUAAAUUUCCUUAUCUUUUCCUUCUUUUUUUUUUUUUUUUUUUUGAUGAUGAAUUUCUUAUAAUUAGAUUGUUCAACAUGGAAACAAGCAAAGGGUUGGCUUGACCCAACCAAAAAGCGGAUCAAGUAGAUGGUGCCAUUGUUGCAGAUGAAAAAUAGCAAGCUUUCUCCCUCUUUCCUUCAAGAAAUCCUUCUCACCCUU